UCGACCCAGAACCAGAAGAAGAGAAAACCUACUUAUAAGAGCAGCUGGCCACCCGGUAAAGGCAGCAGCAGCAGGAGCGGAGAAGAAGAAGCAAAGUGCGCGUCUUGCUCUAGCUGCCGCCACCGCAAGGUGCUCAAUCGCCGGCGGCACUCGGUUGGUAUGGCGCCAGUGGGUCUGCCGCCGGGUUUCCGGUUCCACCCGACGGACGAGGAGCUGGUGAACUACUACCUCAAGCGCAAGAUACACGGGCUCCACAUCGAGCUGGACAUCAUCCCGGAGGUGGACCUCUACAAGUGCGAGCCAUGGGACCUCGCGGAGAAGUCGUUUUUGCCGAGCCGUGACCCGGAGUGGUACUUCUUCGGGCCGAGGGACCGCAAGUACCCCAACGGCUUCCGGACCAACCGGGCGACGCGGGCCGGGUACUGGAAGUCCACCGGCAAGGACCGGCGCGUCAUGACGCAGCAGCACCACGGCGGCGGAGGAUCCGGCGGCGGCGCGCGGGCAAUCGGGAUGAAGAAGACGCUGGUGUACUACCGCGGACGCGCGCCGCAGGGGGUGCGCACCGACUGGGUCAUGCACGAGUACCGCCUCGACGACAAGGACUCCGAGGACACCAUCGCCAUCCAGGACACCUAUGCGCUGUGCCGGGUGUUCAAGAAGAACGCCAUCUGCGCCGAGGUGGAGGAGCUGCAGGAGGGGCAGUGCAGCAUGGCGCUGCUCGAGGGCGCCUGCCAGCAGCUGCUCGCUGCAGGCAGCCGCACUACUGCCGGUCAGGAGUACUACCAAACCCCGUCCCCAGACGUGCCAGCAGGGUCCACCUCCGGCGGUGCUGACCCCGAUGCCGAAGACGACGAUGCGGACAAGGACGACUCCUGGAUGCAGUUCAUCUCCGAGGACGCCUGGUGCUCCAGCACCGUUGCUGAGGAGAGCACCUCCUGCGUCGCCUGAGCCGGCUGAUCAUGCCACCCGAGAGCUUCUUUUGUCGGUGGAAAUAAUCCUCCUGAUAUAUAUAUACAUACCUAUAUAAUUUUCCUUUUCUUUUUUGUGAUCGGUGCUGCUGGCUAUUACUCAAUAAUCACCUGGUGUUGGGGGUGUAAGAUUGCUUAAGCAGUAAUAAGGUAUAUAUAAUCCUUUUGGGUUCCAUCUUCCAGCGUGUUGCUGGGAGCUUGGAGGACCGAGAUGCAGGCCUGAAGGUGAAGGCUGUAAUCCUUACUGGAGUUGAGCUCAUAAGGAAGAUUUAUAUUUAUGAUGAUAGGAAGAACAAUCAGCCUAAA